AUGGCUGGUAAGAAGCUGAGGAUGGAUCAUACUGAGGGAAGGAGGGGUUUCAGCUGUCAGUUCUGUGACAGGAUAUUCCCAAGCAAACAAGCAUUUGGUGGUCAUCAAAAUAGCCAUAGAAAGGAGAGAGAAGCUGUCAAAAGAGCCAAAACUGAUGUGCCACUCUUUCCUGCACUCUCUGGUAUAAAUGUUCAUAAGCUGUUCCCAUUUUCUUCUUCCUCCAACAAGAGAAAGUACGACUGCCUUGGAGCAUUCCCAGAAAACGAGCCUUCAAAACAUGAUCCUACCAUGAGAUUUGAAGAAGAAGACAGACUGCAAACAACCAUGGGAGGCUCAUCAUCCUUGAUGCAUAAUCCUUCUGAUGUCAAGAAUGGUGGAGACCAAGAUGAAGAUGAAAUUGACCUUACUCUUCAUCUUUAA